AUGACGAUUUGGAAUUUCUCAAUAUUGACGAUCCUUAAGCUCAUCACUCAAAUGAACCACGAAAUAGACUUGACUGUGUGUAAUUAUGGAAAACGACUACUUAAUCUUAUAAAGAAAAAAAAGUCUCAACCUUUACCAUUUACCAAGAAAACCGCCUCAGGUCAUAAACGUUCAAGAAGUCAUUCAAUUUGCAUCGUCUCCAUUGACGAGGGCAAUGUUCAGCAUCGAAGUAAACAACAUCAAGCUUGUUUAACCAUCUACAGGUGGUGCACAAUAAGCAAGUUUGAUGCUGAGAAAAAAGGGCUUUCAUGGUCAUUCACAACAUUGACCUUAUCCAGUGUUCUUAUGUUUUUGACCCUCUGCAACUUUACAGAAUCUCUUCAUGAUAAUUCCCCUAAACUGUGA